AAACUAAAGUGAACGUAAGUGGUUAAAGUGUAUUGACUGGACUGUGGCCCGUGUCUAUGAGUGUGUCCAAAUGUCGUCAUACCUUAAAUAUAUGUUGAUAUGUUACUUAAGUUCAAUACCAGGACUUCCACCGGGAAUAAAAUUUGAAGACGCUUAUAUAAGUCUAUUACCAAUUGAUAAAACAAAAUGUCCUCGAAUUGAUAAUCGAGUAGAUAUUCGUUUUGAUGUUUAUACGAGUGAGAAUCCAACAGUGGGAUUUCGUGUACGAAUUGGAGAUGAUGAGUCACUGUUAAAGUCACGCAUGAAUUUUAAAUUACCAACGAUUAUGAUGUUUCAUGCGUUCUUUGAAGAUGCUACUUCUGUGCCAAAUGUAGUUUCCGUUCGACAAGGAUUUCUUCAAUUAGGCGGAUAUAAUUUAAUAUUUGUCCAUGCACCAAGAUUAUUAGCUGGACCAUGGUAUUUAACAGCAGUGAAAAAUACACGCGUUUUGGGACAAUAUGCAGCCGGAUUUAUUGACUAUUUAGUAUCCCGAGGUUUAAAAUUAAAACGAUUACAUUUAAUUGGAUUAAGUUUGGGCGCACAGACAGCUGGAGUUUGUGGACAUUAUAUAAAAGCAGGUCGACCAGCUCGGAUAACAGGGUUAGAUCCAGCAGGUCCAUUUUUUGGUAAAUUGCCAGCGAAUUUACGUUUAGAUGAAACAGAUGCAGAUUUUGUGGAUGUAAUACAUUCGGAUGCGGGUACAUUUGGAUAUCCAGCACCACAAGGUCAUGUUGAUUUUUGGCCAAAUGGUGGAGUAAAUCCACAACCAGGCUGUACAUAUCGUGAUGUUGCUGAACGAAAUCCAGGAAUGAUUUUCGAAAAAGUUUUCUGUAGUCACUGGAGAUCUUUACAAUUUUUUGCGGAAUCCAUAACAAAACCUUACGCUUUUCCAGCCAUACAAUGUAAAUCAUGGGCACAUUAUGAAAACCGUCAUUGUAACGAGAGUAACAUUGUUAAUAUGGGUCUAGGAACGCCACCUUGGACGAGAGGAAAUUACUUUUUAACAACAAAUCCUGAUCCACCAUUUUCUCAACAUUAAUUCAAAAUAGGAAAAUUUCUUGAAGCGCCAUUAUUUAAAAUAGUCACUACUUGAACCAACGUUAAAAGUUUGUUAUUCUUGUUUUUAUCUUAAUUUUUAUUUAAAUUGACCAAAGACUUUCUUAUCAAAUUAUUAGCUAAGUUAUUCAAUUAUCGAACUAUUA